ACAACCGGAACUGAACUCUGAAUUGAUAGACGAAGAAGAAGUAUCUGGAGUGGGGAGCAAAACGUAGGAAGCAAAACUACAUGAUGAAGGUAAACAAAAUCACCGAAUAUCGACAGGAACAGGUUUUAAUGUUUAAAAAAUAAAGACCUGAGAAGAGGCAGAUCAAUUCAGAAAGGUAAAGAUAGUUAGAGUGGUAAACUGUUGUCUGUCAACUUGGCGCCUCAGUGAAGUUCAGCCAGCCGACUCACCGUCCGCCGGGCAGAAGCCGCAGCAUGUCCGUACACUUCGAGGAGAGGAGCGGGGUCGUCCCCUGUAAGACACCCUGGGGCUCCUGGUACCAGACCAUGGAGGAGGUUUUCAUCGAGGUCGACGUACCUCAUGGGACUUCUGCUAAAGAGGUCAAGUGCCGUUUGGGGUCCAGAGACAUCGAGCUGCAUGUCAAAGGGACAGAAAUAUUCAAGGUAAGCUAUGAGAGUGAAUAGAAGGACUUUUCUACACCCGUUUUUAGAGAGAAAGGGACAGUAAAUAACACACUGAAUACACUAUUAAUCGGUUUUCUGGGUCUGUUUUGUCUUCCCCUUGCGUGCUAUGAAAAUGACAUAAAAGAAACCAUGUGUAUAAAACAGAGAUUUAAAAAGUAUUUAAAAGUUUUUUAACAGCCUGUUUGUGAAACUCAAAAAGAGCACAAACAUUGUUACUAUGGUAUUGUGAAAAUAUUUACAUGUAGCUACAAUGAUACAUCUAGAUUUGUCAUAGUUGAUUGUACUUGAUAUAGUUGGUUUUAUUUUCUAAAGGGAUAUUCCAGCGUAAAAUUAAUUUAGGGUCAAACACACCCCUCGAGAGAUGAAUGUUGUCAAAUGCUUGCUUCUCUAGUUAAACCAACUUCAGUAACGACCACACAAUAGCAGUAUACAGCGGUUUGAGGAGCCACACACAAACCUCAACCAAAAAGCCACUCUAUAGCCACAAAUAAUGCUCAGAACAGCACCUAACUUCAUCAACAGUACAUAUAGGGUCCCAGCCAUAGUACUAGCCACCAAACAUCUUUUUAACUUUGCCUGAUUUCUUUAGCAAAGAUACUUAACUUACCUACUCUCCUCCAGCAGCCGCUUGUUUACCUCGGGGGAGUCCAUUAUGAUCUACAGUGGGGUGACGCAGCUCAAGGAAGAAAAUUUAUGAUCAUUUCUUCAUGGAAAUGCAAUCAGACCGAGACACUUAGGCAGAAGAACUACUGUGUCUGCAGUGCAAAAAUGAUUAAUAAGGUGAUUAUUACUUCAAGGAAAUAAUAAAAUAAUGAUCAUAAAUGUUCUUCCUUGAGCUGCGUCACCCCACUGUAGUCCAUAAUUGACUCGACUGAGGUCUCGCUACAAACAAUCGGCUGCUGGAGGAGAGUGGGUGAGUUGCGUUAAGCCUCUUUGCUAAAGAAAUCAGGCAAAGCUAAAAAGAUGUUUGAUGGCUAGUUCUGUGGCUGGGACCCUAUAUGUACUGAUGAUGAAGUUAGGUGCUGUUCUGAGCAUUAUUUGUGGCUAAAGAGUGGCUUUUUGGUUGAGGUUUGUUUAUGGCUCCUCAGACUGCUGUGUAUCGUUAUCCUGCGGUCGUUACUAAAGUUGGUAUAACUAGAGAAGUCGGCAACAUUCAUCUCUCAAGGGGGUGUCUAACCCGGUGUUGCGGUGUGUUUGACCCUAAAUUAAUUUUACGCCGGAAUAUCACUUUAACUCCCUCUUAGAGAAGCCAUGUUGUAAAAUGGUAAAGAUGGAUGUAUUCAGUGAUGUUGAGACAAUGCUAGGGUUUAGUAUCGAACAUGGGAGAUCACUGAAGACGUUUCAGAUGACAAUAAACAGAGAAUUUCUGUUAUUAGCUGUUUCUCUUGGGCUUUCCCUGCUAUGCCUCAGUGUCAGCAGUGGAAAAGGCCUAUUACAAUGCAUAGUGCAUAGUGAUAUCUGUAUACCUAGUGAUGCCUCUACUUUAACAGAGACUUAAGUUAUUAACUCAUGACUUUGUGAAUUCAUAUAUAACCCUGAAAUGUCUUCCCUGUAUACAUUCUGUCAGGGCAAGUUGUUUGACACAACCGUAUCUGAUGAGGCCACAUGGACACUCGGUAAGCAGCACAUGUAAGUAACAUUCACCUAACUCUAUUAUUAAAUCUUGAUCUCAUAUUUCAUCUCUUUUUGUGCACAGAGGACAAGAGUCUUAUCAGAAUCAUUCUGAUGAAGACUAACAGAGAGGCAGGGAACUGCUGGUCCUCUCUGCUGGAGGGAGAGUACUGUGCGAAUGCUUGGGUCCAGGACCAGAUGCAGAGAAAGCUCACCCUGGAGAGGUUCCAGCGGGAGGUCAGUUUGAUUAAGUGCCAUCUGUAGGGCCAGGGUGUAUGAUGCCAAGAGGUUAUUACAAGUUAUCAGGUGCAUACUUGUCUCCCAUGGUGUAUGAGCUGGAAAGGUUCAGUUGCCUUUUCUUUUGUAAGGACUUGUAUGUGGUAGUUGUAGGAUAUUUCCUGACCAGCUUAAAAUAAUUCAUAUCCAUUUUAACUGGUUUGUGUGGGAAGUUACCAUGACACAGCUUACCAACCAAGUCAUUACAUUCAAGAGUAAAAAGAUGUUGAUACCCAGAUGUCUUUACCGAGGUUGUUUUUGCCAGUUUAUAGAAAUGUCCAAUCAGAGAGACUGGACAACAAGUAUGUGAGAAAUUGGCAACCUAAAAUUUGUUCAAAGCAACUGUUCUACCACAAACUAGUAAAUGACUUCAUAAAUGUUAGAUGUUAGCUACUUUUAUCGUCAACCAAUACUGCCCAUUGUUCGCAAGUGAAGCUUCCAGUUGACUUUUUUAUAACAAUAAUAAAAAAACUUUAUUUAUAUAGUUGUCACAAAGUGCUUUAGUCGUCAAUCAAAAAGGAUUUUAAUAACCAUCAUUUUUUACAACCUCUCCAAAUUAGUCACUGGCUGUUUUGUGGAUGUUUUGGGAAAAUUCAAACAUAUAUUUUAGUCCACUUUAACUUGGAUAGUUCUUAAGACUCCUACACUGUUAUAGUGUACCAGACAUUGGUUUUAGUGAAGGUGUUAUCAGAUUCAGUUUAAAUGUGUUACAUGGCUUACUGUGGAUACUCACCUUUUUACAUAGAUACUGGGCUCCUCCUAAUGAGUUAAUUCUACUCCUUUGCCAGAGUCCUGGAUUCGACUUCAGUGGCGCGGAGAUCUCUGGGAAUUUUUCAGGGGGUGGUCCUGACUUUUCCAGCUUGCAGAAGUGACGAGUUCCAUGCAACAUGCUGGGGUGCAAACUCUGCUGAUGGACAGCUACCUUUGAGACAUGCAGAGGACAAGUGAAUUCAUCUGAUUUACUACAAUCAGCAUUUGCCUUCAGUGGAACUGAAUACUGGGAAGAAAACAAGAUUACAGUGUGUGACAUUGACAAACCUUCACAGAAGCCUUCUUUUUUUCAGAUGUAACAAAUUUUGGUUUGCUGCACAGCUCAUUGAAUCUGAGGUUCAGUUGAUAAAAACUCUUCAGGCCUGCAGCAGCCUGUGAGAUGUGAUGUCUUCAAUAACAAAUAGACCACGCAGCAAUAGCUUUUCAAUAAAGUUUUAUUGAAAGGUACAAGUACAUGGGUUAACCAGAUGGUGUAUUCAUUUUGUCAUUUUUAAAUUUGAGAACACAUUUUAUUUUUGUCCCUCAAAGUAACUUAGACUAAACAGGGAAAUUGGCCAAGAAAAUGCAAAACAAAUUCUAACCCAUGUUUCCACUGCAAUGACCAAUUUUCCCUGGAGUUCUUCGCAUAAUUGACAACAGAAAUCAAUUCAUACACAUGGUGCUUCACUCUGUGUACACAAAUCAAGAAUCUGUGAAAACAUCUCAUCUGUAACUGCAGAGGACUUUAAAGCCUCACACAGUCCGGUUGUUCGUACAAGACGGAAUCAUCUCUAGCCUCACUUCACCAGAGAAAAGUGGAGCUCCCUCACCUUAUCGAAGUUUAAAAAAAAAAAAUCAUCACCUUGGGUAGGAGUGUGCAAUCAGGACAGCUUAGCAACCUAGGGUGGGAGUUAAGGAUUUUGGGCCCGAUUACUUGGUUCCAUUUUUGCUAUUCACAAAAUCCUUCUCCCUCCUCUUCCACAUGGUGGACUGAGGACCUAGGUGGUUCUAUACUUAAUAGCUCAAAGCCUGCAACCCGUUCCAGGAAAAACCAAACGCCUUGGUACGGAUUUCAACGAGAACAUACUGUACACUUGCGCAAGCAACUCAAUCAGUGAAGUAAAACUUUGCAGGAUGGUAGUUGGUACAACUUGCAGAUGAAAAAGUACUUUUUGUCGGCCAGAGUACCUAGAGUAUGACGCAAACUUAGAAAAACCUGAACAAAGGAGUUUUUCCUCAAAGAAGUCCAUCAUCAUAGAUGAAGUUCUGUAAGGAAAAUAACUAGAAGAAUUCAAGGGUGACCAAACUGCAAGAAAACUACUAAAAGAUAUCCAAUCAGAAUUAAGAGUUUAGGGACUGCUGUAAUUUUUAUCUGCAUGUAAAGCAGCCCGGCGGUAGCCUCAGGUUUAACACGCUGACUCAGGUAUGGUAGGAAGAUGAGUGAUCUUGUAGUAGCUGUGCUUCAGCUGACGUGCUGUUCUUCCAGAAAUAGUCCAGCGGAGCCUCUGGGUGUUGGGCCUGGAGCACUUGGAGGUGGCAUAUUCAGCCAGACAUUUUCCAACCAGCUCUUGCACACAGACCAGGUCCCCAUCUCUGACCUGCACAGAGGAUGAAGAAAUGGUUUACUGCAGUUUGCAGUGUGUGUGCAUCAUAUCUUUGACACUAACCAAUAAUUAUAAAUCACUGAGCAAUAUUUGAGCUGUAAAAAAACAAGCCGUGUGACAACUACUAAAAUUAAAAACAUUACUCAUUAGCUUUUCCAGUUGAAAUGGCAGCAUUCACUCUGUAAAAAAAAACAAAACAUUUUAUGCUUACAUUCAGUUGUUGCUGCAAAUUUUUAAGGGCUUCUUGGAUUUUGCUCAUGUGCAUAGGGUCAUGUUGCUCCUCAGCUUCAAAACACAGGAGAGCCACAGCAAGCAGGGAUGGCUGCAGAGAAACAACAUUUAAAUUCUUAAUCACAUAAAGAGCAAACACUGUAAACAGAUCCAAGAAAAGCAGCAAAGAAACUUUUUCUUUUUUACAAGGCUCAACACAGAGGAAACUUUCACAGCAAACUACUACAAUUCAACAUUACAGCUGUUUUAAUUUUAAUCACAUGGGUGGAGAACUUUAUCAUUAUGAACCCAAACAGAAAAGGCAACUGGAAGUAUGCCAUCUUUUUGAACAAGUAUGACAGGACAGUUUUUAGGCCUACCUUUAACUUGGAGAAGACAAAUGAGCAGUGACAAGCUUUCAGCUGAGCUUCCAGUCUCUCAAGGCUCAGGAUCUUCUUGCUGUAAAGUGUAAAUGCUUUUAGUGUCAAGAUGUGAGCUACAUACAGAGCUCUCUAAAUUCCACAUCAAUCUGCAACAAAAAACUGAAAACAUGUCAUGUUUAAAAUUCAACAUGAUUUAAAUUGUCCCCUAAAAUAUUCCUGUUGGGUUUAAAUUAAAUAUUUUUGGCUCUUGUUUUCUUCAUAGCCAAACAUAGACCACAUUCUAGGAGAGUUAAUAUAAUCUUGUUGAGUAAUGGUUCAGCCCUGCAGGUGCAUUUGGUCGUCUGUCCUUACCUCUCAACAUCGAGCUGCUCCUGGAUGUGGCUGUGAAAGAGGCGGAGGAAGCGAAGGGCUGUUGGGGCCUUCACCUUCCAGUACAGCUUCUCCAUUAUGAUCUUUUCCAUCCUCAUCAUGUCAGACACCGUGAAGCGAUUCUGACUGAUGCGGAUCAAGUCGUUAGCCAGAGGCACGUUCUUCUCCUCUUCUGUGGACUUGAUGGCAAUGUAGAAGCAGCACAGGCCCACACAGGAGAGGUGUUUUGGUUGAAUCUGUUGAUAAAAGAAAACAGAUGAAAUAGAAAACAGAAAUAGAAAACAAAUGUAACUAUUUAUAGUUAUCCACAGCUGACAUGUUUUUAGGCAUUUACAAACCUUCAUCACGGAGAGGAAUCUAUCCAGCAAGCUGAUGGCUAGUGAGAAGGUCUCAGAGCUGAAACCAAAGAACCGUGUCAGAGAAAGCAGGUCCUUCACCUCCAACUCCCUCAGUCUGGUGGUCAUCCUGAGGCCAUUGUCCUGGGAACCCUCGAUAAACCUCAAGCCACUCAGCUUAGGUUGGUAUCUGCCCUCCAGGUCUGUCAGGGCCUUCAGUUGAACUGCAAAGGUUUGUGCACUGGGCUCUGUUACUGUGUCGAUCAUCUGUGGGAGAAGGAAAAAGGGAUGAACAAAACCAGUAGACAUAAAAGUAACAUUUUUUUUUUCACAAGUUGGGUGCAAUACUUUUCCACUAUCAUCUUGGUCUGACUAGCUUUGUAAAUCUGAACUGAUUAAAGUUUUGAAUUGAUAAACACAUCACCCUUCCAUAACAUCAUGAAAAUCUGGGCGAUCUAAAGCAGCUCUAUCACUAACUCCACUCACACAAAUCUACAUUUUUAGUUUUUGUUGACAUGAUCAGAGGUGAUUACAGUAUUUUAUAUUUGUUAUUCAAUAGCAGGUAGUGGUAGUGUAUCUGAGUAUCAUCUUAAACUCUGUUUCCUAUAUUUUGUUAAUGGAUAGACAGAUUAAUCAGUUGGCUAAAUAACCAAGCUGAUUAACGGCACUUGGACUCAGCAUCAUAAGCCCUCACAAAGUUGAUAUCACCAUUAUCGUUUCUUCUGACUAGGGAUGCACCAAUCUGAUAUUUGGAUCGGAUAUCGGCUCCGAUAUUGACAAAUUAACUGGAUCAGAUAUCUGAUGAAUGAUGCCGAUCCAGCGUUCUGAUCUAGUCUUUUUUUUCUUUGAAUUAAUAUCAUACACAGCUACACAGCGAUUCUGUUCACUCUGUCUGCAGCUCUGUCACACUAUGUCCGUCUAUCCUUUUGCACUUAACGUUUACAUGGAAGUCUUACUUCUUUUUGCUGUGUGCGAAUGUGCAAUUUGUCAUUUGUUAAUAAAUAAUAUUAAGUAAAUUUAUAUCUGUGUUGAUUGGUUACCUUUUCUUUCAACAAGGCUAAUGUCAAGCCUGAUCCUUUCACUCACAGAGCAAGGUAUGAGGUUUAUUCAUUCAACAGUAGUAUUGGAUCGUAUUGAAUAUCGGCCGAUUAGCUGUUUAGCCCAGGUAUCGGUAUCUGAUUGGAUUGGAAAAAAAUGGACCGGUGCCUCUCUACUUCUGACAGCAUAUCAAAUGCAAGACUGUCACUGGCAAGCAAUUUAAAAAUUAUGCUGAUUUAUAUAAAAUAACCUGUUUAACAAUUUCCAUAAAAGUCAGCCAUGUUCUGAAACCUAUAGCAUGAAACAUAUAGCUUUGUUUUUUUCCAAUAACUCAAUAAAAAAUCCACCUAAAACAUGUCAUCAGCUAAGAUAACCAUCUAUAUCAGAUUUUAAUUUGCAUGUAAUUCCAUAAAUGAGUUUCUUUGAUCGUUGUUAAACCACAAUAUUUAAAUGACAUUAUUUUUCUGUCUUAAGAAAGCCACACAGAAAUCCAAAAGUCCCUGUGACAAUACUUUACUGAGGCAAAUAUUUUUCAAACAACCUUUACUUCAGGGGUGUCAAACUCAACCACAGCAAGGGCCAUAAUCUGGAUUUAGGUCUAACCUGAGGGCAAAACAGGGUCAACAUUUCACCAAAUCUGUCAGCCUCCUUUUCAAAAAAUAUGUACCAAAAACAGCAAUGAUUAUAAAUCAUUUGGAAAUUCAAAAAAGAUAAAAAGAUAAGUUUAAAAGCAAUCUGAGAUAGAAAAAAAAUAUUUGUUUACAUUUUUUAUUCUAUUUUUAUUUAUUAGUUCAAAAGAUCAGAGCAUGAUAUUAAAAACAGAAAAAUAAUGCUUUUAAAAGAGCAAAUACAUGAGGGGAACGUUAAAAUUGGGUUUAAAAGGUCAAAAUAUCACAAAGUAUAAGUGUCACAAGUCUAUAUACUGAUAUGAACAAAAUCAAAGCAUGAUAUAAAAAAACAGUCAUGUUUGACUUAUAGUCUUGAACUGCAAAACAUGAAAUCAAACACCAAAUAUUUUUUCCCCACAUUCUUGACUAUUUAUCAAAUCUUCCUUACUCUUUAAUUUCACAGAUUUUCGUUGUUUAUUAAUGACAUUUUAAAUAAUGGUGCAAAAGUUUACAUUAUUAUACUGGAGGAAAUCUGCAGACUUCAUACUGGUGGACCAAUAAAAAUACAAAUAUGAUAUGAUCUUGUGGGCCAAUUAUAAUUGUUCCACGGGCCAAAUUUGGCCCCCAGGCCUUGAGUUUGACACCUGUGCUUUACUUGAUAAAAUACUCAAGUGUAGCAGCUUUGUUCGCCAUUUCUCAGAAUUAUUAAUGUGUUAUUUUAUCAAGUGCAAGAAUAAAAGGUUAAAGAUAAAACAACUUUAUCAGCAUUCAAUAUUAACAGUGGCUAUUGAAAAACUGUAAUGGUUGACCACUAAAAAUCAUGAUCUCCAGAGUUAGUUGGAAAUUUAAUGGAAAUACAAUUGAAUCAGAUCCGUUGUUCUGUAUUGGGGAACUGUAGUGCUCAGCUGUGGCUGGAACACAGGACUGCUUCCAAAUCUGUAGACUAUCAAGUGACCAACUCUCCCCAACCACCUGUCCUGGAGCUGGAUUCAACUGGACUCCAAGGGGCACAUAAGAGGGGCACAUUUUGUUGGAGUGUUUCCACUUAAAAGGGCCACAAAACACCUCUUUUAUUAAAAGGUCCUUCUAUCACAUGUUUAAAGCCUUUUUAUACGGUGUUACAGACCAUGGGAACAGGCCCAGGGCAGGACCUGCGAUAUGUCUGGACAUGUCCCUACCAUACACACACCACCAGAGCUCACUCAAACUCUGAGUGACAGUCACAAACUUAUAAGACACAGUCAAUGUAAAAGAGGAUAAAACUAGAGACAAAAACCUUCGUGGUAAAACUGUGAACUUGUGUGAAGGAAAGGUGUUUGGAAAAUGACAAAUUAAUCUGACGUAAACGACGCAACCGCUAGCUGUAGCCGCUAAUGCUAACAUCAACCUACAUCAGUUUCAUGGAUAUCAAGUGUUUGUUUAGUUCCUUUAAGCCACAGAUAAUACGUUUACUUCUGGAUAUUUUAAAUCCUAAAGUAAAGUUUAGGUUUCCACACACGGACAGUAAACAUGAAAUAGAGAAGAAGCUUCGGCAAACUUACCCUGAAUCAAGUUGCGUUGUCUUAAAUUUGAUGAAAAAUCAGCUGUCGUUAAAAGGCCACAGGCGCUUAAAACAAGCGAGUGGGGAAAAAAAGUUAAAAGACACAAAAAGUGAAUGUAUGAACUUUCACUUAAGAAAGUUUUAAGCAGAGUUUUAUUUCUGCCUAUGCACACCCCCUACCCUUGGCGUAAGGCGAUGGGGAAAAGGGCA